AUGGAUAAUAAAGAACUCACUUAUCCCGAACUUGUUAAUAAAGAAGAUUUCAUACACAAGCUUAGACUCGGCGAAGAUCAGAUAUAUGGCCUUGAUCUCAAUGACAUCAACUUACUUAGCUUUUUAUGCGAUAAUGCAUUUAGCAAUGAAGCAUCUCCCUUAUCCAAGAGAUGUAUAGAUGCUUUGAACGUGUUUCAAAGUCCAGUCUCCAAAUUUUUAUUGAAAGAAUCUUCCCUCUUUGAGACGUACUUCUCUUCUUUCUCACAAUCAACACCUUAUCGCAUGUGGGCUCUUUCAAAUGUUCUUGGACACUUUUUGGCUUCAUUCGCAGAUGAUGUUUACCAGCUUUUGAAUAACUCAGAUAUAAUCUUACCAACAUUGUUACAUCACCUCCAGAAAGACUUUGUCCAGGAUUUCUUUUAUCGCCUCCUCGAAGUUAACCCAAAUUUGACAACAAAACUUUUCUCAUCCAUUUUAAGGGCCACAUGCGGUAAAGCAAUUACAGAUGAACAUAUGGAUCUUAUCAUUAAGAAAUCUUCCAUUGAUGAAAGGAAUUCUUCUCUCAUACCGAUCUGUCUCAACUUUUUACAUCCAAACUACGUUUCCGCUGAUCUCUCAAGUGUAUUCGAGGUUUUGAUUGAUAAUUAUCCAAUCAAUGUUCUUAAACUUUCCACGAAAAUCGCAAGAAAUGAUAAGAUCACAAAGUUCUGUAUUAAUAUCUGCUGCGAAGACACUCCCUUUACACAAGAAAAGGUUUUGGCGCUUUUGUAUCUCACAACUUUUCCAACAAUAAAUUGUACAAAAAUUAUUAAGAACUUGAAGAACCAUUUCUUCAAUGAGAAGACUAAUUCCAUGCUCCACUGCGCAGUCGUCAAGUUUAUUAAGUCAUCACUUGAUAUCAGCGAGCUGAAGAAGUCAAUUAUCCAAAAUUUCGAAAAUGAGAUCCAGAAAGUCUGCAACAAUGAUAAUAAUGACAACAUCCUCAUCCGUGGUCAUUGUUUCUCUAUUUCUCAGGAGCUUAAUAAAUACAUUUCUUCUUCUCAGUGGUAUUCGUUCGCAAUGGAUCGCCUCUACUACUGGAAUGAGAAAACAUCAACAACGAAGAGUAAGAAAACCGUCUCAACAUUUUCAAUUGAAGAGACAGAUUCACAGCCACACUUAAACGCUAAUGUUAACGACUUCCAUCCUAAGUUUGAUUUCAUCUCCGGCAUCAAUAUCAACGAUUUCAUGAGUCAGGAUGAUGAUCUAUUGUUUAAUUACAACUCAAAAAUUUAA